CCAAUAUCGAUGCAUUGAUGGCUGUUGAAACGUCAGAAUUCAUGUUGCGUGGCUUACGUUGGAACAUGUCGAUUUACAAUAGAAGGGAUUGGCUGGACAUUCAGUUGUCCACCGUUGAAAAUGGCAAGAUACUCACUUGUGAAACGACAGUCACUUUCAAACUCAUUUCCAUCAAAGAUGAUGCGAAAUCAAUUGAACAUGUGAUCAACAAGAAAAUGAGUAGCUAUAAUUUUUUGACAAAAUUUAACUUUGUAUCAUGGGCUGAGUUAUUUGAUGAUCAAAAUGGCUUUGUUAACGAUAAUGCAAUCGUGUUUGAAGUAAAAAUCGUAGCAGAACAACCUGAUUAUCCUGGUUGCAGUGGCAGGAAACGCAAAACGGCCAAUGACCAAAAUGAAGAUGCAAAAUCACCGAAAUUGGAAUGCUCAAUCUGUUUGGAUGUUAUUCGCGAUCAAGAAGUGUCAUCGCUGCGUUGCACCCAUCUGUUCUGUACCAAUUGCAUUGAAGAUGCCAUCAAAGGACGCAAGAUGUGUCCAGUCUGCAAUGCUCCAGCCAAAUUGACCGACCUAAGACGUACUCGUUUGCCAUUCGCAAAUUAGGCCAUCGCUUCCACUCAAAUACAGUGAAGAUCAAGUGGACGUAACAUGCCACCAGAAAAUAGAGAAAAUAUUACCAUACUAACCAAGA